AUGACAUCCUCAGGAUAUGGAACAGGCGUGCAAACCUCCUUUGGCCACGAGCUGCUGAGCUCAUCGCUCUCCCUACCAUCAGACGGCCGCUUCCAACAGGAGCUACUGGCUGCAUCACGCAGCGCGCCUCCUCUGCGCGCCAUCCCCCAGGCGUCCAAUGGCAUGGCCGGGUUCAGGCUGCAGCAGCUGCACCAGCCUCCUGAGGCGCUGCUGCAGCCAGAGAACAUAUCCAUGCUGACACCACAGCGCAGCCGCGGCAGCAGCGAAGACGACUACGCCCCUCCCCACAACGAGCCUGUGGGCCAAGUCAAGCGGCAGAAGCGCCUGGCUGAGAAGAACAGGACUGCACAGAAGCGAUAUCGGGAGAGACAGAAGGAGAAGAUGCAUGAUUUUGAGAAGCAGGUGGAGCAGCUGAGCGAGCAGGUGUCGAUGCUGAUGCGCGAGAAGGCUUCUCUGGAGACUCGCAACAGCCUCUUGGAACGAGUGGUUCAGCUUAAAGAUGAGCAGCAGCAGCACACCGAUGGCCGUGAGGGGACCAUGAGCCCAGAGCAGCUGGCCCUGUGCCGAGCACUCUCAGACUUCCAUAACAUUGUGCGCGUCCGGGAUCCGCCAAUAGCGCCGGAAGACAUCAGCUUUUCAGAUCACACCUACGUCCUUCAGCUCUACAAUGCCUACGCAAAUGAGCUGAUGCAGUGCAUGCUGUCAGCUUACGCGGAUGAUCCAUCUUCUGAGGGCUUCCAACGCAUGGAACAGCUUGUCAGGGGCCAUCAAAACGCAGUGCUUCAGCUGACCCGGCAGGACCCCAAACACAUCACAAAGCUGACCCAGGAGCUCAAGAAGCGGACGCCUCCCAAAAGCCAGGAGCUCUGGAGGAAAUGUGUGGAUGUGAUGAAGCUGGACAAGGAGCAGAAGAGGAGGCUGGUGGGGCUAAGGAAUGAGCUCUUCGAGCGCAUGGAGAGCAUCAUUGAGCAGCGCAGGCGAAUAAUAACACAUCUGGAGGCGCUCCAAGCCUCGGAUGAAUUGAAGGAGAGUUUGGAGCUGGAGCACAAAGAAGUCAGCCAAUUUGUGUCCGCCUUCCACGCAAGCGAUAUUCUGACACCGCUCCAAGCUGCGCGGUCCACAAUCGAGGCAUAUCCCUACAUGCAGGACGUGUUUGGGAUUAUUGAGACCAUCGCUGCCGAGGAGGGCGAGCAGAGCCAGGGCUCGUUUAUGGCAAGCCUGAUGGGCCAGCGCAAUAAUGGCAGCCUGAUGCCUGUUGACUCGGCCUUCCGCAUGGUCUCAUCAGUGCCCCCGCCCCUGCGCACUGCCUCAAACUCCCAUGAAACACAGGACUCCCAGGAGCAAGACCUGUCGGCCACCAUUCUUGACAACCCCCGCAAGUUUUCAUCGGCAUCCUCUUGA